GGAAACAAAGCGAGAAGAAGAGCAGUGGAGAACGAUGCUGCGUUAGCAAAGCUAACUGUUUUCAACUCAUUUAUCAGCAACUCCUUGUGUUAAAGAUGAAAUUGUACUGUCUGUCGGGUCAUCCUACAUUGCCCUGCAAUGUCCUCAAGUUCAAGUCCACCACUAUCAUGUUGGACUGUGGACUGGACACCACCUCUGUCCUCAACUUCCUGCCCCUGCCUUUGGUGCACAGUCCAAGACUUUCCAAGCUACCUGGUUGGGUCUCUAAGGAUGGAACAAUAAAUUUGGAAAAGGAGCUGAAGGAGUGCGCAGGGAGGGUGUUUGUUGACGCACAGCCAGAGUUCUGUCUCCCUGAGAGAGAACUGUUGGACCUGUCCACCAUCGAUGUCAUCCUGAUCUCAAACUACCACUGCAUGAUGGCCCUGCCUUACAUCACAGAGCACACCGGCUUCACCGGGACAGUGUACGCCACGGAGCCCACGCUGCAGAUUGGCAGGCUGCUGAUGGAGGAGCUCGUGAACUUCAUGGAGAGAGUUCCUAAAGCCCAGUCUGCCACGUCCUGGAAGAACAAGGAGAUACAAAGGAUGCUCCCGGGGCCGCUGAAGGAUGCAGUUGAUGUGUGGAUGUGGAAGCGAUGCUACAGCAUGCAGGAGGUUAACUCUGCACUCAGCAAAGUGCAGCUUGUGGGUUAUUCACAGAAAGUGGAGUUGUUUGGAGCUGUACAAGUCUCCCCAUUAAGCUCCGGCUACUCGCUGGGGAGCUCCAACUGGAUCAUCCAGUCUCACCAUGAGAAGGUGUCACUCUGCACAGUUUCUCUUCUUCUCUGCUCUCAGCCCAUGGACCAGAGCUCCCUAAAGAAUAGUGACGUCCUCAUUCUGACAGGCCUCACUCAGAUGCCUACUGCCAACCCAGACGGCAUGCUGGGAGAAUUCUGCAGUAACUUGGCCAUGACCAUCCGGGCAGGAGGAAAUGUGCUGGUGCCGUGCUACUCCUCGGGAGUGAUCUACGACCUGCUCGAGUGUUUGUACCAGUUCAUAGAGAGCGCCAACCUGGGGACCACACCCUUCUACUUCAUCUCACCCAUAGCCAACAGCUCGCUGGAGUUCUCUCAGAUCUUCGCCGAGUGGCUUUGUCACAACAAGCAAACAAAGGUUUAUCUCCCAGAGCCGCCUUUCCCACACGCAGAGCUCAUCCAAACCAACAAGCUGAAGCACUACCCCAGCAUUCACGGAGACUUCAGCAGCGACUUCCGUCAGCCCUGCGUGGUUUUCACCGGCCACCCCUCUCUGCGCUUCGGCGACGUCGUUCACUUCAUGGAGCUCUGGGGCAAAUCCAGCCUUAACACGAUCAUCUUUACUGAGCCGGACUUCUCCUACCUGGAUGCCCUGGCUCCGUACCAGCCGUUAGCCAUGAAGUGCGUUUACUGUCCCAUCGACACACGGCUCAACUUCCACCAAGUAUCAAAGCUGCUCAAGGAAGUCCAGCCUCUCCACGUGGUGUGUCCCGAGCAGUACACCCAGCCUCCUCUGACCCAGUCCCACCGCUCCGACCUGAUGUUGGAGCUGCAGCCGCCUCCGAUGCCCUACAGACGCUGCUCUGUUCUCAACCUGCCCUUCAGACGCCGCUACGAACGCAUCUACAUCCUGCCUGAGCUGGCCAACUCGCUGGUGCCCUCGGAGAUCAAACCCGGCGUCUCUGUGGCGACCGUGUCUGCGUUGCUGCACUCAAAGGACAACAAGCACACGUUACAGUCGGUGCCCAAACCCCCUCCCAUGCCCCCCAGCAAGAAGAGGAAGCGUGUGAUUGAGGAGCCCCCCGUAGCGUUGGCCCCUAAACCCAUGCUGAGUGGAGCUGUGGCCCUGGAGGCUUUUCUGGCCACUUUGCAGAAGCACGGGAUCACAGAGGUUAAAGUGGAGGAAACUGCAGACGGGCACAUCCUGCACCUGCAGGCGGAGGACACGCUCAUUCAGCUGGAGGAGGACGGGACGCAUAUCGUCUGUGACAGCGAGCCGCUGAGGACCACGCUCAGGGACCUGGUGCUGCGCUUCCUGCAGAAACUCUGAGCUGAAUCCUGGCUGUUAGUUUUUAACCGUGUUUCUGCGUCACUGGGUUACGGACAGAAGGGGAAGGGACGGUGUGGAUGCUCAACGGCCAUAUUCACAGUCGUUUCACUGUACAGCAUUGUUUGGUUUUAUUUUAUAAAACUCAGAUGUAUUAUUUUGUAUUUAAAAGUUUUCCAGAA